CCAAUAAGCGAAGAAGAAGAAGAAGAAGACGACGAGUUGGAGGAUUACUUGUAAGAGGAUUUUACUCACAUGGACGGACGCGUGUAAUAUAAUGGGGGAUUGUCAAUGAGAAGGAUUUUUCGACAUUUUUGCUGGACCACCAGGCAGGGUUCAUGUUGUGAGCCCCCAACUUUUACAGCACUUGGAAGGAGAAGAUAGAGAACAGCAAGAAUGCCACAGCCCAGAAUGAUGCUGGUGGUGACAGGAGAUGAUUUUGGCUACUGUCCCAGAAGGAACCAGGGGAUUGUGGAGUGCUUCCAGGCUGGAGGCAUUUCCAAUGUGUCACUCCUGGUUAAUGCAUCUGCUGCAAAAGAGGCAGCGGAUCUGGCAAAAAGGCACGACAUCCCCAUCGGCCUCCAUGCCAAUCUGUCGGAAGGUUUUCCAGUAUGCCAAAGCCUCCAGCAGGUUUCUACACUGAUAAACCCACGAGGUGUCUUCCAAGGAAAGAUGGGCUUCCGUCAGGCCCUGGAGAGGGGUCAGCUCAGCAUGAAACAGGUAGACCUGGAGUUGAGAGCCCAGGUGAGGCUUUUCAGGGAACUCACAGGUCAGCUGCCCCACCACAUGGACGGACAUCAGCAUGUUCAUGUACUGCCAGAGGUGCGUGAGGUGUUUGCACAAGUCAUGUCAGAUCUCAGGAUUCCGUAUACUCGUGUUCCAAAGGAAGCAGGUUUACACAGCUGCCCAUGGCUGCCAGCACACCUUCAAAGAUUCUACACACAGGUGGAGAAGGAUGCCACUGACUCUAUCCCUGUCUUCACACGCUAUGGAAUCAGGUGGCCUGAUGUGUACCUGGGACUUACCACCAUGGGCCAGAACAUGUCCGUCCCCAACCUGCAGAGAGCCCUCAGUCAUGCCUUGGCUUCAUGGCCGUCAGGCUCUACCUCCAGCAGUGCAUCAAGCUGUAAUCAGUCUGUGAUUACAGGAGAGCUCAUGGUCCACCCCGGGUACCCCAGUCAUUCCCAGGUGGGAGGCUGUGGAGAGGGCCCAGACGACUUCUCCCAGUCAGCUGACAGACAGCAUGAGCUGAGCAUGCUCAGAGACCCAUCCCUGCUAGCACUAUACAGCCAGAAGUGUGUGCAGCUCUGUGCUUUCAAAGACCUCUGACUGUCUACUGAAGUCUAAAAAAGGCAAACAUGUAUGUGUGUAUGCUGUACUGUAGGGAACCACAGUGAAAGCCAGCUUCUCAAUUUUUUUCUGUAAGUGAAACUACUGCCUCAUGGACGCCUAUGCCAACCAGUCAAGUUGCAGUUUACGUACAUCCAUGUCUGUGUACUCGUAACUGUAGUGAAGAAUUUCAAGAAAUGUAAUUCAAAGUAUUAAGUGUACUUUUUAGCAAAAUGGAAGUUAUCAGUAUAUUGACAGCUAUGGUCCCUGUGAAUGCUAAUCUGAUAGAACUGAGUGAAUUGCUUCAUCACACAGUGCAACGACAAUCACAAGAAGCUCAAUAUCAGCAAAAACGGUCCUUGUGAUAAGCGUAGUCAAUUGGUAAUAUGACCCUUCUAAGUCAUCGUAAGAUACUUAUAAACAUUACUAAGACUAUUUAAGUAUGAAUAUUAUUAUAAUAAACAUAUUUAUUAUUAAA